AGACGCAUCAGCGCCAGUCCUUAACCGGUCUGAAAUAAGCACAAUGCUUUCGUCGGACUCUGAAGCUCGCCAUUGGCCCGUCGUAUUAGCCGGCUUUCUCACCGUCACUUUGACUGCAGGACUGGGUAGCUCCAUUGGUAUAUUCUACCUAGAAUGGUUGCACGAGUUCCCGCAGAGUUCCGCGCUAGUGGGCUGGCUGUCGUCUUCCGUCAUGGCGAUGAUAUUAGGCUUUUCAUCAGUUGCUGCAGCAUUGGGCAAAUACUUCGGGAUUCGGCGUGUAGUCGUGGCCGGAGCUGGACUUUCGUUCAUAGGAUUUGUGGGCGCAUCAUUUGCUUGGGAAUUCUACCUGCUGGUUAUAACAAUACCAUUUAUGACAGGAAUUGGUUGCAGUAUGUGCUACACAAGCGUCAUGACAAUAAUCGGCGACUGUUUCCACCGACAUUUUGCUCUGGCUUUUGGAAUAUCGAUGUCAGGAGUUAGUGUCGGAAUGGUGUCUUUUCCUGUCUUGGGUGGCUUUCUGAUCGAGCAGUACGGGUGGAGAGGGGCUCUGGUCAUCAUAGGUGCGAUACAGGCCAAUAUCGUCGUGUGUGCGAAGUUCAUGAAACCUUUUGGUCACACCCAGACAAGACUGAUCAAGAGUGAAGUUGCAGGUGGAGCAGGUUACGGCAGCCUGACUGAUCCGCCAAGUCUUGACUCGGCAGCCGGUGGAGAAGAUUACGAAGGGGAUGAUGACGAUGAUCGUCCUGCAAGUUUAUCUCCGAAUCGUUUCAGAUUCAGCCGUGGCUAUAGAAACACCGAUGCUAAGGGUGAAGAAACGAAGGCGGCUCAAGAGAGAAAGUGGUCCAGGAAACUCAUGCAAUUCUUGGAUCGCGCUGGUGUGUCACUCAUCUGGACCAAUCGGGUCUUCGCAGGUAUUCUUCUCAUACCAUUACCCAUGUCGGCAGGUAACGGUAUCACCUUACCCUUUAUCGCUGCGCGUGCCGAGUCGGUCGGCGUCCCCAGGCUGCGAGCCACGUCGCUGUUAUCCAUCAUCGGAGUGGCCAACGUCAUCGGUAGUUGGAUGUACGGUCCUCUGGUCGAUGCCAAUGUGAUUGAACCGACUUUCAUCUUGACGUUCGCGGCGGGCAUGACAGUCGUCUCUGGAUUUAUCACUGCCGUUAACGAGAGCUAUGGUGGUUUUGUGGUCUGCGCCGCGCUGUUUGGCUUUGCGUCUGGUGUGUACGUCCCCCUGAGCGGGGUCCUGGUGCGUCGCAUCAUCGGACAAGAAAGGUUUCCUGGAGGAAUGGGUAUUGUACUUGCUUUGGUGGCAAUUGGCUACAUUAUCUUUUCAUCUGUUGGCGGUUAUCUAUACGAUGCUACUCACAGUUACAGUGGAUGUUUCUACCUUGUCGGUGCAUCUGCCGCUCUGGGUGUGGUGGUGCUACUGGGGCUUCAUCUACUGUGGACAAGAUUGGUGCCAGAUGACCGCUGGCCAACCAUCAAGAGUCGGUGAAUCAUCCAUGACAACAGAAACACAAAAGUUAUCCCCAUUUGGACGCGAUGUCGGACGAAAAAAAACCCUUUCAAGUACUGUACCUGCGGUGCGAUCCGACAAUAAGGUCGUGUCUAUAUUACUUGGUUAUUAGUAUAGGCCUAGGCUAUUUAUUUCUGGUAAUGAAACCAAGGAUUCCUCCAAGCGCCCUAGGCACUGUAGCUCGCAAGCCUGAAGAAAGCACAUUUUGAUACAGUCAAAUCUUUUCGUUUAUUCUCUAUGGUGUAUUAUAUUAUCAACUAAUCAACAAUCUUAUUUAAAUAAGAUAAUUUGUAGCCAUCCUUUGAGUUUAGAAUGGCAAACACAUCCUUGACUUUUGUAUAUAAUGUAGCUAGGAAAUGGGGACAUUUUCCUGGGGGGAAAAAUCGAAUCAUUUUUUUUUGGGGGGGGAGGCUCUGUAACCAUAUUUUGAAAGCGGAAAUGGGAAAAGGGGUGUAUGUCCCGUUUUAAAAUGGUCUUGAUUGAAUUUCUUCAAAUUAUUUGUUUUAAAUUAACAAUGUUUACCAGUUGUCAUUUUCUUGAAAAGAAUAGUCAUAAUUUUCCAGUACCAACAUUUUACAUUUCGCGCAUGACAGUUUGAGUUUCAUAAUGUAUGUGUUAUGCAAAUACAUGUACAUGUAUUGCGUUUUGGCCGUACAUAGUUGAGACUCAAUACCUAUCGUUAUGACGAGCAAAUAGCUUCCUGUACAUAAAUAAUUAUUAUUUAAGCUAAUAAUAAUAUGACACAAAUAUGUAAAUCUUCACAGGUACAGUCAUACGUAAUGCAGGAAAUUAUUGCUUUUUUAAAAUUUGUUAUUAAUCCUUUGUAUAAGUUGCAUGCCGUUGUCAAUCAAAUACAUUUCAAUUGGAUGGGCUGUACUUGAAAUUAAUGCUUUAUCUCUCAUAUAGGUCUGAAGGUUUUGGGCGAAUCAAUUAAUUUUCCGGUUUCGACAAAAUAAUGUGGAUACGUUAAUUAUGAGAUAUUAGGCAUCAUAGCUUUUGUUACGCCUUGCAGGUACCACAGCCCAAUUUAAUGACCUCACGUUGUUUGAUAUAAUAUAUAUAAUAAUAAUGAUAACAAUAACGUCAUGAACGAAA